AAUUUGUCAAAUUUCUCGAAACUAAUUGUAGUGAAAUUGGCUUUCGCGUUGAGAACUCGCCUUGAUUGGAAAACUGAGCUGUGUUUAAUUUUUGAUCUAUUUUUCGACUAUGUGGCGGCGGGUGGCUGCGGCUGACACGCCCACUGCAUUGUAUCUGCCCCUCAAUGGAAUGAUGCCAGCUAAUUCGUAUUAUUAUGUUUGCUAUGAAUCUUUCAGAAAAAAUGAUGAAAUGAACCAGCAGGCAGGCUCCUCAAGGGCGCCAGCCACAGGGGGCCAAAUCUCACCGCCAGGUGGCAGCACCAACAGCAGCACAAGCAUCGUGGAUGCACAGCAGCAGCAGCAGCAACAGCAGCAACAUCAACAACAGCAACAACAACAACAGUACUAUAAUCAACAGCAACAGCAGCAAUAUCAGCAGCAACAGCGCGAAAGUUUCUUGGCCUACCAGCAACAGCAGCAGCAGCAACACCAACAACAACAACAACAGCAGCAACAUCAGCAGCAACAACAUCAGCAGCAGCAACAUCCACGCUCUGUGGGCGGCGGCAACUUUAUGCUAGGCAAUGAGCUCGUCGGCGGCGACAGCCUGCGUAGCCUGAACAACACCUUCGGUCCCAACUCGGAGUUCACCUCGCUCGGUAGCAACAGCUCGGCCAGUUCACUGAGCGGCCUGAGCAGCUCGAGCAGCCAAAGCGGACAGGCCCAAGCGGGCGUCGGCGCUGGUUAUCCUAAUAUGGUGGCAGCAGCAGCCGCAGCAGCAGCAGCAGCAGCCAGCCAGCAGCAACAGCAGCAGCAGCAGCAGCAGCAACAACAGCAACACAUGUCCAAUAUGGACGCCAUGAGCGGCUACAGUCAGAUGGGCGGCGGCAUGCAUCCGGUUGCCAAUGGCGGCAUGAUGGGCAACGGCAAUGGCCAAUAUAUGAACGGAGGCGGCCAGGCCGGCUACGCUGGCGGCCAGGGCGGCAUGGGCAUGGCCGGCAUGGGCUACGGCAAUGCGGCCGCACAAAGGCAUCAUCAGAUGACGCCCAUGAACCAAAUGCAGAACAUGUCGAUGGGACCCGGUGGCGGCAUUGGCCAGCAAAUGGCCGGCAUGAAUCCCAUGGCCAAGAUGCAGGGCAUGGCCAACGGCGGCUAUCCGCAACAGCAGCAGCAGCAGCAACAGCUGCCGCAGCAGCAGCAGCGCCGCAUGGCGCCGUAUCCACAUCCGCAGAUGCACAUGGCACAGAAGCGCGCCGGCGCUGGCGUUGGCGGCGCCAUGUAUCCGAAUCCUGCACAGCAACAGCAGCAGCCGCCGCAGAUGUACGGCGGCCAGCAGAUGCAUCCGGGCGCCGCCGGCGGCGGUGUCCCAGGCGUGCCCCUGCCCAUGCAAGCGGGCGCCGGCAAUGGCUAUGGACGUGCUGUUCCCAUGGCCGGCGGCGGCGGUGGCGCAGGCGCCUACGGACGCAUAUCAGCCGGCAAUGGCAUAGGACCGAAUGGCGGGCCGGUAAUGGGCCCGGGCGGCGGACCCAUGAUGCCUAUGGGUGUUGCUGGCAUGGGACCCGGUCCCGGCUGCAUGGGCCAACAGCGUUUUGUGCCCCAAGCAGGCGGCGCUGGUGUCGGCUAUGGCGCCGCUGCCGGCGCACAUCAGGCCCAAUUCUAUCCCGGCGGCGGCAGUGCUGGCGGCAUGGGCGUGGGCGCUGGCCAAGGCGGCAUGUGCCCGGCUGGACCGGGUUCCGUUGCCAGCACCAGCAAUCCCUACCAGAAUCAAGGUUUCCAGCAAAACUAUCAGCACAGUCCAGUUCCUGGCAAUCCGACGCCGCCGCUGACGCCCGCCUGCAGCGUGCCCUAUGUCAGCCCCAAUCCGGACAUCAAGCCGCCAAUGGACAGCAGCGAAGAGAUGAGACUGACAUUCCCGGUGCGCGAUGGCAUCAUUCUGCCACCGUUCCGCCUGCUCCACAAUCUCUCGGUGAGCAAUCAUGUGUUCCAUCUGAAGCAGAAUGUCUACAAUACGCUGAUGUGCCGCACCGAUCUGGAGCUGCAGCUGAAAUGCUUCCACCAGGACGAUCGCCAGAUGAACACCAACUGGCCGCACACCGUCACCGUCUCCGCGAAUGCCACACCGCUCAAUAUCGAGCGCUCCGAGAAGAACAGCACGGCGCUGCGUCCGCUCUAUCUGAAGGCUGUCUGCCAGCCGGGACGCAAUACGCUGCAGCUGACCGCCAGUUCCUGUUGUUGUUCGCAUCUGUUUGUGCUGCAACUAGUCCAUCGGCCAUCGGUGCGCCAGGUGCUGCAGACGCUGCACAAGCGGAAUCUGUUGCCGCUGGAGCACAGCGUGCAGAAGAUCAAGCGCAACCUGAGCCUGCCCAGCGUCGGUGCGGACGGUGUUGUCACCAAUGGCGGCAGUCCGGAUGCUGCGCAACAGUGCGCCAAGAUCUCAUUGAAGUGUCCCAUUACGAAGAGUCGAAUACGCCUGCCGGCGCGCGGGCACGAGUGCAAGCAUGUCCAAUGCUUCGAUCUGGAGGCUUAUCUGAUGAUCAACAGCGAGCGCGGCUCCUGGCGCUGUCCGGAGUGCAGCAAGUCGGCCAUAACCGAUACCCUGGAAAUCGAUCAGUACAUCUGGGCCAUACUCAACACGCUGAGCACCUCCGAUGUCGAUGAGGUGAUCAUUGAUUCGUCGGCCAAUUGGCGCGCCUUGCAGCACAAUGGCGGUAUGCCCAAUCCGCCGCAAGCGGGCGCACCGACAGGCCCCAAUGUGGCGCCACCAAACGGCAGCUCUGCUGCCGCCGCCGCCGGCAGCAACAACAACAACAACAACGGCAGCGUCAGCAGCAGCAGCAGCAACACCAGCGUCGGCAGCGUGGGCAGCGUGGGCAACGGCCUGCCCGCCAUCAAGCAGGAGCUGUGCGAUGACAUCGCCAAGGUCAUGUCACCCGGCUCCACACAGCUGCCCACAUGGGACAACUCUCAGGCCAUGAGUCCAUACAACAUGCACGACAUGAAUUCCAUUGCCAACGGCAACAUGAUGGGCAACAACAAUGCACCCAACGGCGCCCAGCUUGGCACACGCAGCAGCUAUGACAGCUUCAGUGGCAGCCACAGCGACGCCAACAGCCUGGCCAACAGCGACGGCGUCAAUUCGCUGGAUCAGCUCAAUGCCAUGGAGAAAUCGCUGAGCGAUCAGAUGCCACACACGCCGCACACGCCUGGCGCCGCCAGUCAUCCGAUGACGCCUGGUGGUCCGCCCAGCGUUAGCUCGUCCCACAAUGAGCCCAUUAGUGGCGGCACGCCCAAUGCCUCUAAUGGCGGCGGCAACAACAACAGCAACAACAACAACAACAACAGCACCGGACACAAUUCACCACAGACGCCGGGCACGCCCAGCCGCAGUCUGGGCAGCAGCACCAGCAUGUCCAACGCGGACAGCCAGCAGCAACAGUCGCAGCAGGAGCAGCUGCUCAACUCGCUCAUGAGCAGCCAGACGCAGCUCAAGUUUGAGAGCGAUUUGAGCGCCGAGCUGCAGAACUUUGAUCCCUCCGCGGCCGGUCUCGACAACAACGGGCACGAUUUGAAUCUGUUGCAAGAUAUGGAUCCAAUGGAAAUCCUGUCGUACCUGGAUCCGCAGCCGGAUUUAAAUACGCCACCGUCCAGUGGCAGUAGCAAUAACAAUGCUAGCGACGAUUUGCUGGCCACGUUAUUUGACUAAGCAGUGUUGCGAAGUGGUUGUUAACGGCGCCGGUCCAGUGUUGCACAACGCCUGUGGUUGUAGUUGAGAUAUGAAGCGAAUGAUUUGAGAAAUUCCUUAACAAAAAAUGCAAACGAAAAACAAAAAUUAAAAAUGGCCUAAACCAUA